AUGCCCGCAUUCGAGCGUCGCAUAUGUUCUGUGUACAUCAGCGACUGGGUUCAAGUUGAAUCACAAAAAUCUAGUCCAGUUCUCAUUCAACAUCCCCUUGAACAGAUGCCUGCAAAAGUUGAGGUGCAGGUAAAAAUUCAAGAAAACGGAUAUGACGUCAUUUUCCCUGCAUUCGGAUCAGCACAAAGAGACGAUGACAGUGACAACAUCUACGGUGGUGUUGUUUAUAUUUACAAUGAAAAUCAUGUAAAAAUAUUUGUCCCUGUUAGGAAUAAUGAAUCAAAUAAAGGAGUACUUAUAUUCACAGGAGACAGUUAUAAGACUAUUGAACAUGGACUUGGGGAAAAGCCAGAUUUUGUUGUUGUACAGUUGAAGAUGACCAAUGGCUAUGUUUCCGAGGCAGCAGGUGUGACAUUCAAUUCAGAAGUCUUCAAAACUUAUGAAAAAAUCUGCGGGACUGUUUUUGCAUUUAAUGACCAAGAAAUCCGUCUUUGGUCUAUGUCCAAUAAUGUGGCCUGUGCAGUAGAUGGUUGGGGAACAGAGGGCUUUAGGUGCAACACUGCUAGUCUGUAUAUCCAGGCCUGGAUACUGUAUUCCUGUGAUAAGCUUUUCUCAAAACAAUUCACACUGGAUAAGAGCGACACAAACACUGUGGAGCGAGUAAGCCUGGAUUCGGUCUAUAGUUUAGAUUCAGCAUUCGUUUCUGUUCUGCUGAAAGUAUUAUCUCCAAACAACGAGGGAUUCAUGUUUCACGCUGGUGGUAGCGCCAUGAUUGAUACCUCUAAUGACUCAUAUGGGGCUAUAAUUUACGGAUACAAUGAGACAGAAGUUAUGCUCUGGAGACCAUCCCCGACAAAUACAAAUGGACAUUUGGUUUACGUGGGUGGACAGUGGGGUGACGGGCAAAGUAAUCAAGAAAGUGACGUUGUAGAAGUUGUCGUUAAAGUUAUUGACAUCACAGGCACGCCUUGCAAUGGUACAGAAUCAUGUUCACCUGAUUUGUCAAAGACUAGAUGCAUUUCUACAGAUUGUCCAAUCCCUCCUGAUAUUGACAAUGCUUAUAAAUUAUAUGAAGGAGUGACUAAUGGUAGCAAGACGUUGUACUCUUGUAAACCUGGAUACACUGAAAGUUCAGAUGACGUCAUAAUUAACUGUGUAGAGGGUACAUGGUCUUUCACUUCAAUGUUCUGUAGAGAUACAGCAAAGAGAAUCAGAAGCAAUAUCACCAAUGAGACGCUUGCAGAAUGGAUAAAAGAGAUGAAGAAGAAUCUAUCCGUACAUAAAUCAAAAACCAGUGCCUAUAACAGAAGCUUGAUCAGUGUCUACGAAUCUCGUCCUAGUGCUGUACAGAUCGGAAGUGUGGGGGUCUUUCUGAUGAGUUUUACGAUCAUAGUUUUAAUUUUUCCGGAUAUAGUUGCUGUUGUCAAAAACUUGCAUAAUAAAAUAAAUAAGAACUUUGGUCAUCGUCGGAUGAAGAGAAAUAAAAUACUGUCCCUCUUGAGAAUUUAUAACGCCACGACUUGCCGGUAUAGAGUUGCAAAUGGUGUCCUAUACUCGGCACUUAGAGCCAUUGAGCAGCAAGGGGUCGUUUUCAUGCCAACAUCUACUGGGGUUUAG